AUUAUAUAGGGAGACCAAGACUUCAUCUCCCAACCUUGCAGAUCCAAUUUCAAUGGCUUCCAGUUCUUCCUCUAGUAUUAUGGCUUCUCCUUCUGCUAAUACUUGCAGCUUUGAUGUUUUUCUAAGCUUCAGAGGUGAAGAUGUUCGUCACUCUUUUGCAGAUCAUCUUUACGAAGCGUUAAAGCGGGCAGGAUUCCUUACUUUUAGGGAUGAAGAAGAAAUCAAGAAAGGCGAACCACUGAAGCCGGAGAUUGUAAGUGCAAUUAAAGGAUCUAAGGCUUCAAUAGUUGUAUUGUCAAAGAACUAUGCAACUUCCACUUGGUGCCUUGACGAGCUUCUGUUGAUCCUAGAAGAAAGGAGGCACUCCAGUCAUUUCGUUCUACCUAUUUUUUAUCACGUUGAUCCUUCUGAUGUGAGGAAACAAAAUAAAACCUUUGACAUCAAAGUCAUAACUUCUUCACAGUGGACAGAUAAGAAUGUCAAGCUGUGGAAGGCAGCUCUUACUGAAGUUGCUAGUUUGAGCGGCGAGGUUUCGGAAGCGCAUGAAACAGAGUUUCUGAAGAAAAUUGUUGAUAUCAUUUACAAUAAACUGGAUCACAGAAAACUUCAUCUUCCAGACAAUCUAACAGGGAUGGCCCCCAGAUAUGAGGAUAUUAGUUCCUUUAUAAAUGAACCAAAUGUUAAUAUUUUAGCAAUUUGCGGCAUGGGUGGAAGUGGCAAGACAACGCUAGCCAAGUAUAUUUACAAUUCUAAUUGGAAUUCUUUUGAGAACAUGAGUUAUCUUGAAGAGAUUGGUAGCAGAUGUAAAGUAUAUGAUGAGUUGCUUCAGCAACAGGAACGACUUCUUCAUGAUAUUUUAGGGGGCAAGAAUAGACAAAUACCCAGUGUUUCGGAAGCUACAUCUAACAUUAAGGAGGCCUUAAACACAAAGAGAGCAUUUAUUGUUCUCGAUGACAUUGCUAAUCGUGAUCAAUUAGUCGCUUUACUUGGAAAUGGGAAGAUUAAUGCAAAAAGUAAGAUCAUAAUAACAACCACGGUCCUAAAUAUAGAAGAAUGGUUCAAUUCUGGAUCUAGGUGUCGAAAAUACGAAAUGAGAUUAUUAAAUUAUGAUGAAUCACUUGAGCUUUUUUGUCGUCAUGCCUUUAGAUCCAAAUUUCCCAUAGAAGGUUUCAAGGAGCUCACAUUAAAGGCGGUACGUUAUUGUGAAGGAAAUCCACUUGCUCUUGAAGUGUUGGGUUCGUCUCUAUCUGUGGAUAAUAAUAUCCAAGUUUGGGGAAGUACAUUGAGCUCGUUUGAGAAUAACCUUCAUGAUAAAAUUCAAUGUGUACUCAUUGAUAGCUACAACUCUUUGCCACAUGACUGUAACAGAAAGUUGUUUUUGCAUAUUGCUUGUUUCUUUGUUGGCAAAGACAAGGAUUAUGUAGAAAAUAUAUUGGAAGGCGAUUUCUCUGCAACCUCUGGGAUCAAAAUCCUAUGCGACAGAUGUCUUCUUUCUGUUUCACUAAAGAAUGAACUGAUGAUGCACCGAUUGCUUCAGGAGGUGGGGAAAGACAUAGUUGUUAAAGAAUCAGAAGUACUUACAGAACGUAGUAGAGUCUGGCGUAGUCGUGACUCUUAUAAGAUAUUGAGAAGAGGAAAGGGUUCAGAAAGAGUGGAAGGUCUGGCACUUGACAUGGAAAGGUUAAAGGAAGAGGAGUUUGCAGUCAGGCCAUCAAAACUCAAGACAGAUGCACUUAACAAUAUGGAUAACCUAAAAUUGCUCCAGUUAAAUUCAGUGCAACUCACGGGGUCCUACGAGAAUUUUUCAGAAGAUUUAAGAUGGCUCUGCUGGUUUGGCUUCCAUUUAGAAAACAUACCUUGUGAAUUAUUCAUGGGAAACUUGGUAGCUAUAGAUAUGAGCAGUAGCAAAUUGAAAGUAUUUGAACCACCCACGGAACUUACAUCCCUGAAGAUUCUAAAUCUUAAAGACUCGGACAACCUAAUCAGAAUCCACAACAUGUUCAAGAUCCCCCAUCUUGAGAUAUUGAUUCUUUGGAAUUGUCACAGUCUAGUUCGUGUUUGUGAAACCAUUAAAAACUUGAAUACUCUUGCAUUACUAAACAUGACAGGAUGUCAAAAGCUGUUCAAGAAGGAGGAAACAAAAUUGUUAGCAGGGAAAAAAGACUCUAUUUCCGAUGGAGGAGUUGCAAAACAGACUACCUUAUCCUUCUUACCACAGUCAUUACACCAGUUAUUCCUCAAAGGUUGCAAUCUUGAGCAAACUGAUUCUUUUCCUCUGAGUUUCAGUGCUCAACCAUCUCUGCAGUACUUAAAUCUAGGCCAUGGUCUAUUUGAGUUUCUUCCUGAUUACAAUCAUCUUGAAAAUCUUCGGGUCCUUGACUUGAGUUUUUGCUCGAGACUUAAGUCCAUCAAGUGUCUCCCGAGUACACUUGCGGAAUUGUAUGUAUAUUACUGCAGAUCGCUGGAGAUAAUAAAUUUCGUAUCACAUCAAUUCACAUUGCAAGAGUUUGGGUACAAAGGCUGUAUAAGUUUGUCUGAAGUUGAAGGCUUAUUCAAACUGGUGCCUGUAUCCAAACUUGAAGAAAAUGAUUUGGGGCACAUGAAGUGGAUAAAAGAAUAUCAAAAUCAAGAGGUGUGCCUGGUUGGUGAUGAUGAGCUAACAAAAGACAGAAGUGCGUGUGUCCAGAUGUUGUAUGAAUUCAAUAUAAUGAGCACGUCUCUGCUAGACAUAAAGGAUCCUAACAUGAAGCCUAAUUAUGUAUCGGAAUUAUCAUCUUUGAACUUUUAUGUGCCUUCAUCUCCCAAGAAUAGGACACUUAAAGGACUUGAUGUAACGUUCAAAUAUACAAUAACUGGGGAUGAUUGGGCAUGGUUCUGUAAAAUCAGUACGACCAAUGGUGUUGAUUUGAUGUACAACCCAAAAGUCUUUGGCAAACCUGAUUCUGGUAAAGUUGGUAUAUGGUUAAGCUAUUGGCCAAUUGGAAGCACAUUGCACAUUGGAGAUGUAGUUAAUAUCUCUAUCAUUGUGAUGAGUGGAAUGGAGGUACAGGGAUGUGGUGUGAGCCUUGUUUAUGCUGAAGAAAAUGUAGCCAAGGAAACCUUUGAAAAUAACAUGGACUGGGAAGAAAUUCUUCAAGGAGAUUUGUCUGGCUUUCAACUAAGCACUGGAGCGUACUAUCUUUGUCGCAAUGAUUUCUUCGGGUUGAUGGAGGUUGGUAGACUAACUGAUGAUUGGUUUAGAAUUUUAGUUGGUGAUACCAUCGACCAUGCAGAGGUACGAGGCUGGAGAAAGACAGGUCGACGUAAGCAGUUGAAUCCAUCAUUUACAGAGUUAAAAACUGUUAGAUGCAUCAUCCAUGGACCCCAAUCGGAGGAAGUUUACAAGAUCGCAAAUAUGUCGAAAUCAAUGUUUGUAGAUAAAAAUUUGGGGUUCUCUUCCACCAUGUUUGGAGAGAUGAAAUCUGCCACGUCUUCAAAAUCUAGUGAUACAACAGCAAAGGAAUUAAAUAAGAUUCAGAAUGUAGAGAGUAUGGACAUGUCUAAAGCAUCUGUUCUUAAUGAGAUUCAGCAGUCUACUUCAAGCUCAUAUGGGGAGGAACCGGAUUCAUGGUUUACACAUCAUGCUGGUGACAAGGGGAAAAGGUCUCUGAAAGUGGUUCUGAAAGUGGAUUUUUCGAAUGAUAAGGAAAGAAGGAAGGUGCUCAAGAAAGUUAUCAGAUCUUCAGGGGUCGAGUCCGUAUCUGCAGACAUAGACAAGAAAUUAACGGUGACCGGGGAAAUUGAUCCAGUUGAGAUUGUCACAAUCCUUAGAAAAUCUUGGCGCACAGAAUUAGUGGCUGUUGGACCAGCCAAAGAAGAGAAGAGGGAUGGAAAGAAAGAAGAGAAGAGGGAUGGAAAGAAAGAAGAGAAGAGGGAUGGAAAGAAAGAAGAUAAGGAUGAUGAUCAGAAGAAGAAAGAAGAAGCUCUUUUGGAAGCUUACAAGAGCUACAAUCCUUACAUGCCACAGGUGGCAAUGGUUGCAGAUGGCCGGAAGAUGCAGCGGUGAUGUAUAGAAGUGGGAUGAAGAGAGUGGCUGGAACGAUAUAAAAAAGGAGGGUAUUCUUGUUAUAGCCUUUUUCUAUGAAAUCCAUCACGGAAAGGGUUUUAGAAUCUCAGGUCCUACGGAAGGAUUUCUAAAAGGGAAAAUGACUUAUGAGCCCAACCAAGUUUCCAAACCGUUUAAGAAACCUCAAUCAUGUUUUCUUUGUUCAAAAAAAUCCAACGAAUUUAAUAUUUUUUCGAAAAAACCUAACUAAGUUACACUUUCCUAAAAGUCAAAUAAGAGAAACAGAUGACAUGGCUUAUCGGGAAAAUGACUUGUUAGACCAACGAAGUUUCCAAAACGUUUAAAAAAUUCCAAUCAUGUUUUGACUGUUUAAAAAAAACCCAACGAACUUAAACAAAACAAAAUUGAGAUUUUUUGAACGGUUUGGAACUUUGUUGGACUUUUUAGAUAAAAUGUUAAGUUCAUUGGGUUUUUUGAACAGACAAAACAUAUUUGAGGUUUUUUGAAUGGUUUGAAAACUUCGUUGGGCUUUUAAGUCAUUUUCCUUUUCUAAAAUCCCAUCGUCAUAGCCAAGGGAUUUGGAUAAAAUCUCAGGAUUGCAGAUAUUUUUUACAGUACAAGGUAUUAAAAUGGAUGUUAUUUCAAAAUGCCUCCAAAUCCGAGGGAAUACUUCAAUCCAAAUGCCCCGUACAUAAACAUACUUGGCUUCUUAUUUUGCAUGUAAAAUUGUAUCGUAAAACAACUAUUUUGAUAUGUACGCCGGUUUUCAUAGAUAAUUGCAUUGCCUCUAUAAGGAUUCAAACCUCAAA